UUGAACCCAAAGGUACGAGAAAUCCCGCAUAGCAGCGGAGUAUAUGUUCCUAUCGAACGCAGUCUCGGCGAAGAUGGCAUUUAGGAGAGCAUCGCCGCAUCGAGCACGUCUUGGCUCACUCCGGCUCAAGAGCCAUGAAUGGAGAAUAUUACUUCCGAGUCAAGUUGGCGAGUUCUUCCUAAGUACUCACUCGAAUGCGUCGCUCGUCGCGUCUUCUUUUGCCAGAACGGAUGCAGACUGAAGUACUGACUAGCGACUGCUGGAAAACAUAGCCCCAUCAGCCUCAUGACCUCUUCAGAUUAACGCGUUAACGGCGGCCGGCGCGAUCCCCCCAUUUACGCUCUGCGAGCUAAGUUGCCAAGCCAGGCCAACCAG